AUGGCUGUUUUAGUGUUUUUAUUGCUUUUCCUUGCCCUCGUUGGCCAUUCGUGUGCUACUUACUGCAUAUGCAAGGAUGGGGUUGGUGACGCCCAGCUACAAAAAUCCCUGGAUUAUGCUUGUGGAGCCGGAGCUGAUUGUAGCCAAAUCCUUCAAAGUGGUCCUUGUUUCCAGCCCAACACUAUAAAAGAUCACUGCAGCUAUGCUGUUAACAGCUACUUCCAGAAGAAGGGUCAAGCUGCUGGGAGCUGUGAUUUUUCAGGAACUGCUGUAACUAGUGCCACUCCCCCUCAAACUGUAGCCUCUGGGUGUACAUAUCCUUCAUCUGCAACUCCAAGCACGGGGACAGGCAACGCUCCCCCAACCACAGCUCCAAACACUGGGACUGGCACAGGCACGGGCACUGGCACUGGCGGCACUGGCACGGGCACGGGCACGGGCACUAGCACUGGCACGGGCUCUAGCACGGGCACGGGCACACCAUCGUCUAUAAUUCCUCCUCCAUCAUCAGUGUUCAACUCGGGAUUGGGCCCAACUGGCAUCAAUGACAAUGCUGGUGCUGCUGCUUCUUUUGAAGGCACUAAAUUGUGGCUCAUUGCAUCUUUGACCCUCUUGUUUUCAGGCCCCUUUUUGCUGUGGGGUUGA